AUGCUUCCAUCGAGAAAACCGAUCGAUCGAUAUCAUAGUGUUUACUUAAUUAUACUGCUUAAUGGAUUUGGUAUCGUAAUCACGUGGAAUAUGUGGAUUACUAUCGCUCCUACGUAUUAUGUGGAAUAUAAAUUAAUUGAAGUGGACAGAAAUAACACACAACAUUUGUCGUCGUCGUAUGCAACAAACUUUCUUAUUUAUUUGAUUUUGGCUUCAAAUUUACCUUGUUUCAUACUUAAUUUAAUUAAUUUAUUCUUUACUUUCAAUGGCAGUCUUGAAAAACGAAUUAACUUUUCGCUUACGGUUAUCGCAUUGAUCUGCUUAAUUACACUUGUAUUCACCGUUAUUGAUACUUCCAGCAUGGUUACGAUAUUUUUUAUUAUAACAAUUACUACGAUAGUAAUACAAAACGCAGCAUGUGGUCUAUAUCAAAAUUCACUAUUUGGUUUGGUUGCAAUUUUCCCACCGCGAUAUACCAGUGCUAUUCUUCUUGGUAGUAAUAUAUGCGGUAUUUUCGUAUCCACCGUUAAUAUUAUUACACUUGUUGCAACAAAUAAUAUUCAAACUGCUGCUUUCUUCUAUUUCUUCAUAUCACUUUUAGCAGUUCUCGCAUGUUUGGGCUCAUUAUUUAUGCUUGUAAAAUUAGAUUUUUAUCAACAUUACAUGCAAAAUGCAGCCGAAAAAAUGGCAAAUAAAAAUUUAAAUGAAAUAUUUGAAUUUAAACGAAAUAAUAGCACAAAUGAAAUUGGAUUGAAAAUUGAUAAUUGCGAGUUUAACAAACGUACGAACAUUUCAAACUGUGAUAACAUUGAUUUAUUAACUGUAAAUUUCCGAAUGAAAUUAUACUUGUAUUACGACAUUUUUAAAAAGGUUACCUUAUUAUGCUAA